UUGAACUCCUGGCCUCAAGCGGUCCUCCUGCCUUGGCCUCCCAAAGCACUGCGAUUUACAAGCAUGAGCCACUUACUUUCUAAAUACAAUGCCUUAUGCUUUCAAUCAUAUACAGUAACUAUUAACUACUUUGUAAAAAGGAAACAAAGAUUGUCAGCGAACGACUCCACGGGAAGCCCUGGGAAUAGGUAGCGGGCAGGCAAAAGCAUGGAUUUGGAAUGAAAUCCAAUGGCCAUGGAACUAGCCCUGAUCAUCAGAUUGCCCUCCAGUUUUGAGGAUCACACCGGCACCCUCCUGUCUCCCUCUCUUUCCUACACUGUGGACAAACAGCCUUGAGAUUCCAGGGCGUAUGUGAAGGAAAGCCGAGGAGGGCAGGGCCGCAGAAAGAACAAAGGAGACACAAGUUCAAAUCCCUGCCAGGGUCUGAGACCUGCAACGUCAGACUUUGGGAGCGUCGCUUCACUUCUCCGGACCCCAAGGGUGGCCGCGCCUGCUCCGCGCUCACCCUUGGGGAGUGUAGGAGCCCCCUGCUAAGUUGCUGAGCGAGUCGGAGCCCCAAGAGCUAGGGUCGAGGGGGUGGGGCGGCAGGCGCCUCUGCCGAGGUUGCAGGUAGGCACUUCCCCACCCCCGCGGCCCCCUCCUUCCUCCUUCCUCGCAGCUCGCACACCCACACAACCCUCGCCCGUCUCGGCUGGAGAGCUGCUUUCGGCGCCAGCGGGCAGCAGCGCGUCGUCAGCCAGCACAGCCGGCCGAAGACCAAGCUGGAGGGCUGGGGCUGCGCAGAGACCUGCACACCCGCAGCGCGGAACCGGGGGCGAUUCCUAUCUUUCUUUCAUGCUUCUUUCUUUUUCUUAAAACCAGACCAAACCAAACUCAAAACUCCCCUGUUCACACCGCAACUUGGAGGAAAGGUGGAAUGAUUUGAAGGAACUGACGCAGAGGUUUUAUUCAUGAAUCUUGAAGAAGUUCUGGGCAAGUGACUCAACAGGACCCUUGGGGCCCGGAGUAGCCCCAGCUCCCGGCGCUGGUUCAGUCUGGCAGUGCCCUCUGCCAGCCAACCCGCAGCUGCAGGUAGGGGUGCGAGACGCCCCCUGAUUUUGCUUUGGGAAUAAUAAUGACACUACCCAUAGCUUGGACCCAGGUGGCCUCGCUCGGCGAUUGUCCCCACCAGGUUUGAUUGCUACUGUGGCAUAGGUACUCUAAACUGUAGCCAAUAUGAUGGAUGAUGACACUGAAUUAAGGACUGAUGGAAACUCUUUGUUAAAGGCUGUGUGGCUGGGGAGGCUCAGGUUGACCAGACUGCUGUUGGAAGGGGGAGCUUAUAUCAAUGAAAGCAAUGACAAAGGCGAAACAGCUCUCAUGGUGGCAUGCAUCACCAAGCAUGUGGACCAGCAAAGCAUCAGCAAGUCCAAGAUGGUGAAGUACCUGCUGGACAACAGGGCAGACCCCAAUAUCCAAGAUAAGUCUGGCAAGACUGCCCUCAUCCAUGCCUGUAUCAGAAGAGCCGGGGGAGAAGUGGUCUCCUUAUUACUGGAGAAUGGAGCAGACCCCAGCCUUGAGGAUCGCACUGGGGCUUCGGCUCUGGUUUAUGCAAUAAAUGCAGAUGACAAGGAUGCAUUGAAACAUCUCCUUGAUGCCUGCAAAGCCAAAGGGAAGGAGGUGAUUAUUAUAACAACAGAUAAAUCGUCUUCAGGCACCAAAACUACCAAACAGUAUCUUAAUGUCCCUCCUUCACCCAAAGUAGAAGACAGGCAUUCACCUCCACUGUAUGCAUCUCCCUCUGACAUAGAGCUGAAGUCUCCAGGCCUGGACUCUCCACUUACUGAGAAGGAAGAUAACUUCUUCAGCCUCCAAGCAGGGCAUCCAAGCAGUUGUAACACUUCCAAGGCUGUUAAUGAGCCUGGGUCACCCACUAGGAAAGUCAGUAAUCUCAAAAGGGCCCGUUUGCCCCAACUGAAGAGGCUCCAGUCUGAACCUUGGGGCCUGAUCGCGCCCUCGGUGCUGGCAGCCUCAACGCGUCAGGAUGAGACCCGUGGUGCCAGCACAGAAAACGAGGUCAUCAAGAGCAUCAGUGAUGUGUCCUUCCCUAAAAGGGGGCCCCUCUCCAGAACCACCAGUAUCGAUAGCAAAGACCCCACUCUCUUUCACACAGUCACAGAGCAGGUUCUGAAGAUUCCAGUCUCUUCAGCACCAGCAUCCUGGAAAGCAGCCUAUGAAAAAGGUCAGACUCCCCACCCGCGUCUGUCCAGGAGAGGAACUCUGCCUGUUGACCAAGAGAAAUGUGGUAUGGGUCCAUCAGGACCUUCUGCUCUCAAAGAGCCAGCAUCCCUCAAAUGGCUGGAAAAUGACCUCUACGACUUAGAUUUACAGCCAGGGCCUGACCCUCCCAACUCCAUUUCCCUUGAAUCUGGCAAAGGACCUUUAGAUAGAAAGAAGCUCAACAGCUCUCAUUUGUCUCUUUUCCACGGCUCUCGGGAGUCCCUGGACACUGUACCUAGCACAUCCCCCAGCUCAGCACGCCGCAGGCCGCCACAUCUUCUAGAACGACGAGGUUCUGGAACUCUGCUCCUUGAUCGCAUUUCUCACACUAGGCCUGGCUUCCUGCCGCCUUUAAAUGUGAAUCUGAACCCACCUAUUCCGGAUAUUAGAUCUAGCAGCAAACCUUCUUCCCCUCUUACUAGUGGCUUAAAAUCUAUAGUUCCUGUUGCUCCAAGUUCACCAAAGAGAGUUGACUUAAGAAGUAAAAAGAAGCUCCUCAGAAGGCAUUCUAUGCAAAUCGAACAAAUGAAGCAGCUGUCUGAUUUUGAAGAAAUCAUGACCUAGAAGCUUUAGAAAGGCUUAAAAUAAUCAAUAUAGUUUAUGGAAGGGACUAUGGAUGAGACUGCUUCCUGAUCAUUCCUUAAUGUUGAAGUGUGGCCACUUCAGAAGAUAUAAAAGCAGAAUGCUGCUUCACUUCUGAGAAUAAUCCCUGGGUUUUUAAAGGCCUACUUGAAAAGAACUCAUGAUAAUUGGGUUUUAAAGAUAAAUUUUUAAAAAUUCUGCAAAGGAAGAAAGCCUUUGGAGUUCAGCAGUAACACAGCAAGUACAAUGAUCUAAGCUGAGGACAUCAGUAAUUUUCUAUCAGACAAACAGAAAACAAGAAUUUAAAUCAGGAGGUAGUAUUUGGAGUAUGUCAUUUGUAAUAAACCUAUAAAGUGCCUACAUAGAAAAUGAGGCUUUAACAUUUGUUAGAAUGUACAAAAGCCCCAAACCAAUCCCUCAGUGACUAAAUCUGGGUGUCUGGGUUCUAUCUGAUGGAGUAGAAGCAGAAUUCCCCCAUGGAAGAGGCUCUGGCCUGUGGGUCCUGGCUCUGACUCUGUCAGGGCACUGUAAUUCGUGGUGUGGUUGAACUCAUUCAGCAAUCCAGUAAUACAUUUUGUUCACAUACUAAUUUGUAUGUGCUCUGAGUACCCAAAUAUCCCAUCUAUGUGGCCCCUGAAUUAUGAUAUGUCACGGUAGCUUAUGCCUUAGAGACAAAUCUUGCUCCAGAAAUGAAACUUUUCCAAGACCCCUCCCCUGACACAGGCUCUUGUGUUGAAAUCUUGUGAAAAACAGUCAAGGUUAACUAACUUGGAGUUGAAUGUGAUACAAUUAUAGAUUACAGAUAUAAGGAGCAUUUCCAUAUUAUUCUUAAAACUCAACGAGAUCUACCCAAACCAGAAUGAUAACUGAGGAGGGGUUGUGCAUAGAUUAAACGGUAAAGUGGGUGGUUCUCAAGUGAGAAGCAGUGAGGACAAUUCACUUUGCAGCCUAAAAAUUUUAGGGGAUGCAAACUAUCAUUUCCCCCUCAGUCAUCUAGAUAAUUGAAGAAAAAUGUGGUUUCUUCUCUUUCUGAACUAUCUAGGUGAGAGGAGAUUUGUAGAAAUAACGUGCACAACCCUUUUACGCUGCUUUGAGCAAACCCAAGAAGGAAAGCAGAGACUUAGCACGUUUGGUAUAAUGUAGCCAUAUCUUAGAUGAAUAUAUUUUUGGUUACUUCCAUUUAUGUUUCCUCUUGUGCUGCUGAGAUCUAUUUGCCCUAUGGUUAAAAAGUUCAAUAGUUCCUGAGGACAGCAUCAUGUAGAGGAAAGAGUAAGGGCUUUGAGUUUGACAUAUUUGGGUUUGCAUACCAGUCUGAUCAUUUACCAGCUGUGUGACCUUGAGCAGGCAGCUUAACUUCUCUGCAUCUCUGUCCCCUCAUCUGUAAAACAGGAUUACUAAUGCUGCACCUUAUAAGGUUGUGGUGAAAAUUAAAUGACACAAUGUAUGAAAGUGCCUGCCAUUGUGCCUGGCACAGGUAGAAGUCACUGAAAAAGAAGUAGCUAAUUUUAAUGUAUUUCUUGAGACUGCUGAAGCAAUAUCUCAAAUAAUACACAUGCUACACAAAAUGGAAUAAAGUUUCUCUAGAAAAGUUCAAGUAUCUCCAUGAGAUCCCCAGUUAUUUUUAUAAGUACUGAUCUCUAAACUCAUGUGUAAAGUAAAAAAUUCUGCCACAUAAACUCUACAUAUUAUACAAUUUUUCUAUAACUACGUUUGCUAGAAAUCUAUCUGAAUAUUCCAAACAAAAGUGUUAAUGAUGGUUGAACAAAACAAACUUGGAGUUGUUUGGAGAGCUAUCUGUGCUGUGUGUCGUAGGAUGUUUAGCAGCAUCUCUGGCCUCCACUCACUAGAUAGCAGUAACACCCUCUCCCCAGUUGUGACAACCAAAAAUGUCUCUAGACAAGGCCAGAUGUCUCCUGGGUGCAUCACCUCCGUUGAUCUCCACUGCUAGACCUAUUGUAUACGUCAAGAACAACAAAGCUGUAUGGAAAUGUGAGUGCUGACUGGCCAGCUAAGCUCUCCUGUUAACUUAAGACAAUUCAAAUUGUGCUUUAGUCAGAUGACUAAUGAAUACUAGUGUUGGGCCUUCAGGAUUCUUGGUCAACACACUCCAACAUGAGUGCUAAUGGUCUCAUACUUUGUAGGAAGGGAAGAAAAUAAGAAAAGCACAAAAAUUAGCAAAAAUCUAUAGCUCAUGAACGUGGUUUAGUGUGGACAACUCUGUUAUUUUCAGAACCAUUUAAUCAUUAAUAGUUCUUACCAAGCAGAAGCUAUGCCGGGCAAAGAAACAACGUUCCAGUGCAUUAAAAAGAGAAUCAUAUGACAACCAUCAUUCUCAGCAGCUCAUUAAAUGCAAAUACACACAUGCACACACACAGAGAACACAUUUUCCAUACUUUUCCAGCUGUUGUUAGUGUCAGUUAAAACUGACCUCUGGUGGUAGUAUCCAGCUGUGAGUUUAGCAAGACACUCCAUCGCAGCGAUUUUUUUUCUAAACCUUUAGCUAAGAUUUGGAAACCCAAUAUUUCCUAAGUAGUGAAUGUGGUCCAUUUAUAGUAAUUAGCUUAGGUGAAACACCAAAUAUGAUGAGUUGCUCAUUCAGGAUAGCCAGUCCAUUGCACAAAUGUGUAAUAUCAGGUACUCUCAUGCCACUCAUUGCCUGCAUCAGUCAGUCAUGACCUUUGCAUCAGCCUUUCAAUAGACAGUCAUCAGGAUAGUAUCUUAUCUCAUCACUACUUGACGAUGAGUUAGCUGAAUUAGACUGUUCUAUACCAGUACAACAACCAAAAUACUUUCUCAUAGAUUAUGCAUACAUAUGCAAUUUUGUCCACGUCAAUGAACCUCAUAAGAAUGCUUUUUAAAAGUAUAUUUUAGAUUCAAACAUGCUUUCUAGAUCUAGAGGUUAGCUUGUCGUUUUGAAAUCCUGGAGUCACUUACAAGUUAGCUGCAAACUAUAGUUUCAGUAAUUCAACUGCUUAAGCGUUUCUGGACUGUUUAUCAAAAUAUAUUACAGAAUGUGAGACUAAAGUUUAAAGUCUGGACCUUUGGUUUAAUUUCUAGACAUUCCAAAGCUUUUUUUUUUCUUUUUAAAAAACCCAUUGUCAACUCUCUUAGAACUUCAUCAAGUAGAUGGCACCUUGCAAAUGUAGGUUGUGUCUGACCUUCCUCCUUUUUCUGUGUUGGUGCCUCCGAUGUAUCAUGUGCUGCUUGAACUGAUUCUCUACAGUGUUCAAUCCUAGUCUCAAGCUGAUGAUGUGCUCAGAGAUGUAUCAAAAUCCAUGUAAUGACACCAUUUAGAUGUUUCUAAUAUGUCAAUAAAUUAUAUAUUGCAAUCCU